AUGUCCUACGUCUGGGGCUCGGUAUCACCGAUCAAAGUGCCCUGUCAAUGGUGCGGUCAGGUCCUAUCGGUGCCGGUGCUCAACCGCCAGAGAUUCGAGAACUUAAUGGAGUUAGGAGGAAGUGGAAACAGUAUCUGGCUCGAUGCUGUUUCAAUUGAUCGAUCUGAUCAUCAAGAAAUUGCAGCUACUGUACCGCAAAUGGGAUCAGUUUAUGGUAACGCGAGCUGCGUUGCAGUACUUCUACCGGAAAGCGACUUUCCAGUCUUCGACUGUCUACAAGCAGCAUGCCAAAACGCCAUUGGAAUCCUUUCACACCUCAGAAACUUCUUCAACAACGAGGAAGUCGAGAUUGAAGACCCAAGUUCGCCACAGCCUACGAAAUUCAAACAUCUCGCAGAAUGGUCACAGCUGUUCUUCGAGAACUUGAAACAAGUACAGGACAACUUGCAGAGAUACACGUAUUGGAGACUCGAAGGCGGUCCUGCGAAAUCGUGUUAUGCAGUCAAAAGUCUUAUUCUCGGCGCCGGACUGCUAUUCACUCGCUAUCAAAUGAUGAUGUACCAGUACGCAGUCAUUCGGACGGGCUUGACAAGAGGUACCGCUCCACCCACCUGGAAGAGAAUUCAGACCUUGUUUCCAGACGAGCAGUUCUUUCGAUACUACGAAGAGAUUGAUCCAGAGGAGCAGUCCUUUCAGGUCAAGUUCCCAAACUUUGGCAUGAAUCACCUUCUUCGCGUCCGAGAUCUCCCCCAAGGGUCCACUUUGGAAGACGAAUUCGAUAUCGCUCUGCUCAAAGCAAUGACAGCCAUUCGCAAGAAAGGGCUCGUUGUCCAAGAGUUCCUCCCCCCUACUAUCGGCGGUUUCCACCGAUCGUGGGACCGGUUUCGGGACUGGUUUCGGGACUACGCACGAGAGCAUAUACAAUCUCAGACCGGAAACCGUGCUGUGAAUGCAGGCGCCCCAAUAUUCACUGCACAAGCGGACCUAUUCAUUCACCUAGGACAUUCCAUCCUGAACGUGAAUAUUCCAACGCGGUGGUCCAUGGCAGCUCCAACUCUGAGAACCCUGUCAGGAGCAGAGAUUUGCGAGAUCAUCCAUCUGGACGAUGUUCAACUCGUACAACGCAAGUUCGCAAGUACCGCCCACGGGGAGCUCUUUCGGGGGCAUCCAGUGAUGCAAGGGGUCCGCGCUGCCGAAGACAUCGCUCUAGCUACAUUAAAGAAAUGCCCGAUCGAGAGAGUCAGCAUCUCGAGACUGUGUCUCGUUCAGUUGCCAUUCCGCAAGCAACAUAGCAAAGGGGGCUCUGGAAAUAGCGAGCAUCUGUAUACUUGGGCAAUAACACCCUGCGACAUUCCACAAAACGAGCUUUUCGUGGCCCGUGAGAGUCUCAAUGGCACUAUCGUUCUGGCGACGCGAAGAGAGGAAUUAGAGUACAUCGCUGCAUAUUUGACCUUGACGGACCACCAUGCUGGGACGUUGUUGGUCAAAAGUGACGGGGAAGGACGCGUGGAUAUUCCCUUGAAAAUGACUGAGAGAGCGGACCAGGGAAAUUCUAGGUCCCUCAGGAUAGGCGAUCGCAUGAUCAGGGGACAGAUUUCUUUGGGAAAUGAAGAUGAUAUUUGA